AUGCCUUCUCAAAUACCAACCCCAAUCUCUCGCUAUGGUUUCAUGGACGACUAUAGCGAAGGCGCACAUCCAGCCCUUCUCAAAGCUCUCAUCGCCAGCAACACCACCCAAGAAACCGGUUACGGCAACGAUACAUACUGCGAUCUCGCACGGAAGCGAAUCCGAGCCCACCUCGGUCGCGACGAUGUCGGCAUCUUCUUUGUACCCAGCGGAACAUCAGCCAAUGCCAUCUCCAUUGCCGCAUGCCUACGUCCCCACGAAGCAGUCAUUGCCGCAAGCUCUGGACAUAUCGUGACAAGAGAAACAGGUGCUGUGGAAGCCAGCGGCCACAAGAUAAUAAAUGUUGCUCCUGUCAAUGGCAAACUUACCCCUCAAAGCAUUGAGCGGGCGUUGGACGAUAAUUGGCAUUUUCCUCAUAUGGCCAAACCCAAAUUAGUAUACAUCUCGAAUGCGACCGAGAUCGGCACCAUAUACACAAGGAACGAAAUGGCCGCGAUAAAGGAAGUUUGCGAAAAGAAUGGCCUCAUCCUGUUUCUUGACGGAGCCCGCAUUGGAACUGCCCUUGCAUCAAAAUCCAACGAUAUGACACUAUCGGAUAUCCUCGAAUUGACAGACAUAUUCUGGAUCGGAGGAACAAAGAACGGUGCUCUCUUAGGCGAAGCAGUUGUCGUCAAGGACGCCCGACUGGCUUCCGAAUACGAGUUUUAUGUCAAGCAACAUGGUUCACUGUUAGCUAAGGGAAGGGUGAUUGGCGCACAGUUCGCCGAGUUAUUCGAAGGAGAUUUAUACUUUGACCUUGCGCGCAAGGCAAAUCUGGCAGCUGAGGCACUUUCCAAUGGAAUCGCUGACGCUGGCUUCUCGGUAUAUGCUGCGACAGAGACAAACCAGGUGUUUGCGGUGCUUCCACUGGGAUUGAUCAAGAUGCUGAAGGAGCAUUUUAGCUUUUAUGUAUGGGAGAAGUGUGGCGAUGAUGAGGCUGUUAUCAGACUAUUAACAACGUGGGCGACUGAUGUAAUGCAAGUCCAGAGGUUCGUUGAUAUGGUGCAUGGUUGGGUGAGAUAA